AUGCCUUCUGCGACGACGACGACGAAGAGCAAAACGGACGCUAUGGCGGUCGCAAAAGGGAAUACGUCGAAAAGGAAAGAGUAUCCUGUGAGAGAAAAGAAUACGAGUGCCAGAAAUAGCAAGAAAGCCAGGACCACUAGAAGCGCGAUCGAUACAAACACUACCGAAUCGACAUCAAAUAGCGAUCGUUCGACAGCAUUGAAAAAGCCCAAUAAAUCUACGGCGCCCAGCUCAAGCGAGGAUUCUGACAUCUCGGACUCGGAUGGCGGUGUAGCUCUUGAUUCUGAAUCAGAAGACGCUGUUACGGAAGCGGAUGGUCUGCAUCCUGAUAGAUUGAAGGUAGUCAUUACAAGCAAUCAAUCCUCGAAGGAAGCUCACGCCAAGCAAAAACAACUCGUGAAGGAGAGGAAAGCUGCGAAGCCUAUGGCAGAUGAUCUGGCGAGGACCAAGAAGAUUUGGGAGCGGUUGCGUAGAAAAUCCCAUGUUCCGAAAGAUGAAAGGAAGACGUUGGUCGCGGAGCUCUUCGACAUUAUUACGGGGAGAAUCAAGGAGUUCGUACUGAAGCAUGACAGUGUCAGGGUCGUUCAGACCGCUAUCAAAUAUGCCAAUCCUGAGCAGAAGAAGAUGAUUGCGAAGGAGCUAGCGGGCACAUAUCGUCAGCUUGCAGAAAGCAAAUACGCGAAAUUCCUGAUCGGAAAAUUGUUGGUCCAGGGUGACGAUGAGAUCAGAGAUUUGAUCGUCCCAGAGUUUUAUGGUCACGUACGACGGCUUAUCAAGCAUCCAGAGGCAUCCUGGAUCCUCGACGAUAUUUACCGUGGGGUUGCAACCAGGCAGCAAAAGGCUAUCAUUCUCCGAGAAUGGUAUGGUGCGGAGUUUGCUCUUUUUGAAAACGCCAAAGACGAGAAAGUUCCCACAGAUCUCUCGGCUGUUCUGAUAGCUGAACCAGGAAAACGUGGUCCUAUCAUGAAGUCACUGCUAGAAUUGGUCAAUCAUUUAAUCCAAAAGAAGUUCACUGCAUUCACACUUCUACACGAUGCAAUGCUUCAAUACUUCCUCAACGCCAAGCCUGGAACUGAGGAAGUGACAGACUUCAUAGAACUCAUCAAGGGCGACGAAGAGGGUGACUUGCUCAAGAACUUGGCUUUUACAAGAUCUGGUUCCAGGGUGGUCUGUCUCGCGUUAGCUUACGGUGUUGCGAAAGACCGAAAGCAGAUCUUAAAGACCUAUAAAGAUACCAUGCACACCAUGGCUGGCGAUCCAAAUGGGCAUGUUAUUAUACUUGCCGCAUACGAAGUCAUUGACGAUACGGUUUUGACUGCAAAAUCAAUAUUUCCAGAGUUACUGUCUAAGGACGCUGCAAAGCAGGUAGAGAACACACUUGCUUUCGCAAAUGAUCCAAAUGCCCGCAUCACGUUGCUUUACCUCUUCCAGGGGAGAACAAAAUCCUUGUUUCCUUCGAGCCACGCCUCGGAUCUGGAGAUCUUGGCAGAAAUCGAUGUUGCUCGAGCAACAACUAGCAAAAAGGACCCGGAGAUUAGACGGACGGAACUUGCGAAGGCUCUGUCGCCGUAUCUGCUCAGGUCUAUUGAAACUGCAGCAUCGGAUUUGGUUUUGACGACGUUCGGGUGUCAGUUUGUUACCGAAGUCCUUUUUGGGGCGGACGGUGAUAAGAGCGGCGCACUAGAAGCAAUUGCACGAACCGCCAGUGGGGAUCCUUCCAUUACAUCCGCUACUCUGGCCAACGAUGCUGCAGAGGGAGAUUCUCCAGUCCUACAUGUUGCCAACACACCCUUUGGCGGCAAGAUGCUUAAAGCUCUUGUCGCUGGUGGUCGAUUUGAUGCGAAGACCAAAACCAUCGUAGCUACCGAUCCAGCGCUUGACUUCGCAGAUAUACUUUACCCACAAAUCAAGGAUCAUAUUGUUGAGUGGGCUACAGGGUCAAGCUCAUUCGUUCCGCUGGCUCUUCUUGAAUCCGAUAGUUUUACACAAGCUUCUGAAGUAAAAGAAAGCCUCAAAGCAAAAGAGAAAAUGUUACAGGCUGCUGCCACAGAGGAAACCACAGAUCAGAGACUGAGGAGGGAAGCUGCAGAAAAGGAGACUGAUGGGAAGGCUGCGGCAAAGAAAGCUAAAUUUAUAAAGGUGAAGGUGGUUGGCAACAAGGGAGCUGCUCUCCUCCUAGAGAUGUUGUGA